AUGUUUUCACGCUUGCUCAUCCUCUCUCUGCUGGUGGCGAACACAGCGUCGGGCCCGGUGAGCAGAGCAGAGCCUGCAGCAUCCAGGGACAUCACCACCUUUUUCCAGCUGGCUCAGGAAGACUCUUGGGAGAACGUUAAUCUCACCAGCAUGUCCUGUGAGGAUCGGAGGGUCACCCUGCAGCUGACCAACAGCAGCCUGACAGCGUUCCCCGUCUGCCUUCCGGAGGCCCUGGAAACCUUGGAUCUCAGCAACAACCUCUUAGAGGAGGUGAACGGCACGGAGAUAGCGAACCUCCCACGGCUGCACAAGCUCGCGCUGAGGCAGAACCAUCUCCAGGCAGUUAGAUGGGGAUCUGCAGUCCUCAGCAGUCUCCUCUCCCUGGACUUAAGCUUUAAUAAGCUGUCGUCUGUGCCAUCAUGCCACAGCUCUGCCCUGCCUAAUUUGAGGUGGUUGUCCCUGGCUGGAAAUCCACUGAUUGAAAUCCAGCCACUGGCUUUUUCCUGUUACCCUCAGCUACAGUUCCUGAACCUCUCUGCAACGCUGCUCGGGCAGGAUGACAGCAGAGGAAUUAGGGAGUCUGCUUUUGCCAUCAGCCCAUCUCCCAGUGAGGCCACGAACAGGCCUGCAAACACCAUCAACGUGCUUGAUCUGAGCGGGACCUUCCUUGAGAAAAUUCAGCCAGAGUGGACCAGAGACUUGCCCAACCUCAGAUCCCUUCACCUGACAAAGAUGUCACGAUUAAGAAGCCUCGAUACUGACCUCUUCAAGUCCAUGCCUGGUCUCCGAGAGCUGAACUGUCAAGACUCCCGCUCACUGGGUUUCGUGAGGACAGAGAUGUUUGACAGUGCUCCUCAUCUGAGCCGUCUCUCGUUUGAGAACUGUAACCUGAGUUCCUUCAGUCCUUGGAAUACCAAUUCAUCGGAUAGCAUCAUCAUCAACUUGCACGGAAAUCCUCUGUUAUGCGACUGCCAGCUCUCCUGGCUGCUCUCCGAGCCCAAGAAAGUUGUGCUGCAAAAGUAA